CCACAUUAACACGUUUUUGCACGCGUACUGGUGUCUCCGCUUUUGUCUGUGUGGCGUCACUCGGUGCAGCCUUCCCCGCGGUCUGGAACAAGCAGAGCGUCGCGGCCUUCACUGGCCUGCGGCAGCGGUUUGACCGGCCUGCCUCGUUUUGUGUUUCUUCUAAAUGUUUUCCGUUCGAAGAUCAGAGGCUCAGUUGAAAUCUUACAAGCCGGUGGAAUGCAGUCUUUCUUUGUCCUCCCUUACCUCUCGUUUUCUUUUAUCCCUGUCCGCAUCUCCGAAAGCAAGUCAAGGCGGCCCUUCUUUUCCUCUAGUACCGUUUUCCCUCUACUCCUCAUUGUUUCUCCUCUCUGUCCUCCAACUGCACCACACUCCCAUGCGCGCUUCUGAUGUGGAGCAGACACCAGAAAUACUGUAGAGCUGACUAGGAUCUACUAAGUUCAUUCCCCUGCAGACACCGGGGCUCGCUUGCUUCGCCUCCCUCUAGCGGCCACUGCUCGACUGUAUCGCCGUAUUCAAAGACUGCAAAAACGUGUAUCGUUCUGUAUGGUGGUGCGACCACCCCAAUUUUUCUCAGUGCGAGUUCAGCGAGAACAUCUUCCACAACUUGCUCUUUCGUGUCACCAUCUGCCUUCUUUAGACACUGUAUCGUCUCCGGACAGCAUAUGAGCGAACAUCUUUCGGAUCGUGAUUCAGUUGCACAUGUCUCGCAACGACGGGAGUGAACCGCUUUUCGUUACUACGUUCCCUCUCUUCUUUUUUUCAAUUUCCCCUAUUUCGUCCGUUCCGGGCGUCACGCUUGAAACACUGCAUGUCGCCUCGACUCUCCUUUGGUGAAGAAGAAACAAAGGCUAGAGGAAUUCCCUUCCAGCCUCUAAAGGUCACACACUCACUUUUUCGCUUGUGUCUUGGCGUUUACGGGAAGGGGGGCGGAUGAAUGUAUGUGCCGCUUUCCUGCGGCUUGGUCUCUCUCUGGCACAGGCGCCAGAAGCGAAGCCUUGGGUAUUACCCGUUUCCUCACGGGCAACGCAAAAAAUCCCAGUUCUCGAACUGUCUUACAUUCUUUUCCUCGAAUCCAGAAAGCGGAUGCUCACGUUUGCUGUCUUUUUUCCCUCCGGACGCGGAUGUCCCGAAGGCCCUAACAGUUUCUUACACUUCCGUUGUUAAUUCGCUUGCAAAGCUGGUAUCUCACCUGCCCGCAAUUGCCGGCUUCUUUCUGUACACCCGUCUUCCCUUGGUUUUUCGUGACCUAAGCAGCACAACAUAAUGAAACCCGAGAUAGCAAACGUCGCGUCGGAAAGCGACGGGGCGCACCCACCCACAAGUGCCAGUACGGAGGUGUUCUUGAGGCCCGACGGUCGCGAGCAUGCGCGAGAGCUGCGGCCUCUCACUGUGAAACUCGGUUUCGCCAGAACCGCUCACGGCAGCGCUCGAGUCUCCCAGGGUUUGACGAGUGUCAUCGCUCUGGUGGUUGGCCCUGUCGAGGCGCCGCCGGGCCCGAAAUAUUCGAGUUCGGGGUGUUUUUUCCACGUGAUUUUGAAGCCGCUGGCAGGCCCCCCGAUGCUCUCAGCUGCACGCACAGCCGCGGCGAUAGGAGGCUGCGACUCUGCAGUGGCUUCGGGGACCGCUCGCGGAACUCGCCGAGGAAGAGGCGCCUUCGGCAGCGAGUCUUUUGAAAGGUGGAUGGAGUGUCAGUUGCAGACACUUCUCCAGCACAUGGUUCUCCCAGGCGAAUACCCUCGCUGCCUAGUUCAGCUGACUUUGAUGAUUUUGCAAGACGACGGCGGAGCAGAGAGCGCAUGCAUUAACGCCGCGCUCGCGGCUCUCAUCGACGCGGGCGUCUCCCUCCGCUUCCGGGCCUGGGCGACGAAUCUCGUGCGGCUCGCACGCAGCGCAUGCAUUUCGGAGACAAAAACGUGCCUCGAAGGGACAGACGAAGGCGGCUCGGGUCGCGCAGUUCGGGAUUCUGGGCAGCGACGACCACUCACCGUACCGAGCUGUGGACAUGAGGAAGGCCAGUGGUGCAUCGACCCCUGCAGUGAGGAAGAGGACGGACGCAAAGAAGGAGCGAUCUGCCUCGUUCUUGAACCGCAAACUGGUGACCUGGUCAGCAGCUUUUUUGAAAGGAGUGUCGGGAGCAGCGCAGCGAUUCGAAGUGCUGCAAACGGGACGAGCGUGAGCGGUGCAAGUCGCAGUGGCCUGGGAGUGGCUGAGGCACGCCUCUUGUCUCCCAGUGGCGGUUGGUGGGACGAAGAUACGACGAAAAGCCAAGAAAACAGCGACACCAACAUUUGUCUGAUGCUUGCGUUGUCUGCGUGCCGUCUUGUAGACGCGCGCGUACGGGAGGCCUUCAGGGCAAAGAUGGAAACUCCCUGCAACAUGUUUCAGUUCAACAAUUUUUGGUGGCGGGGUGUAGAGGACGGGGAGGACAUGGCGACCGAGUGAUUCUAUGCGUGUGUUCGAGAAGGACACAAAGCAGAGAGAAAACCUGUGAAGAAAUCGCGAUGGGCACGCGGCGACUAGGUCGACGUUUAGGUGUUUUCUGUACCCAAGUCGGCGGAAUAGAGCCUGUAGAAAAAGGCACAAAACAACGGCAGUGGAAGAAGCGCCCUUCCCUCUCGAAGGAGCACUGAUAGUUAGUUUUCUGAGGUCCACGUCCUUUCUACAAAUGGUUGCGAGCUGAAGCAACCAGACAGCUAAGAGAAAUCCCUUUCUGGGUGCAUCAGUUGAAUAGACGGUGCAUGCAUGGAGAGCAAAAGAACGCACUUUGUGCCGAGGGUACGCACCUCCAGUCCUACACAGACUGUGGCUGAACUCCCGGUUGCAGUUUCCCACAAUAAGAUUCCUAUAUUUCAAAAAGACCCCGUUGUUUUUGUUGGCUGUGCCGUAUCGCCUCACUGGACUGCUUAAGAUAGCUAAAAGUGAUGAAUUUUAGUUCCCUGGCAUGGAUGUUCCCACACGAUCAAAUGGCUUUGAAUUGACGAGAUACGUUCCUGUCGCCUGUCAACAGUCAGGGGAGUUUCUUGCAUCUUAUUAUCGAAUCUGGAGCAAAUAGACAUCUGAAAAAAAGUUUCUGUUUUCGUAGAAGUUCCCGAGACAAUGUGUGCUUGUAGAACACGCUAUUUUAGAUAACCGAGAGAAUUCGAGUCUUUGUGAUACGCGGCAACUUAGGUCCGGGCAGCGACUGUAUUCAAGGGCGAAUCUGAGAAAAAGAAAUCGGAAACAACGCUCUUCGAAAGAUUUGAUGAAUAUUAGAACAGUAUCGCUGUCAUACCGUGGCGAGAUCGAAUGAGACAGAUCGUUGUGCAGCUGCGAGAAAUCUGGAAAGUCACCCGCAAGGCGGCACCAUGAUUGCGCUUUUUCUCCCGACAUCGGAAGUAUCUGUGCGUCUUUUCUUCUCGUGGCACGCUCAGGAGCAAACAGUCUUUGUUUUUUCGAGGAGCCUAUCCUGAAUAUAAAAACCCCUUUGUUUGCCGGCGUGACACCCAGAGAAGGCCAGUGCAAUGGGGAUGCGGAGACGAAAGGUGUGCCGUGCCUCAGCUUUUUUCCUGUUAUUUUAUAUGGACAUC